UGAAAAAAUAGAAGAACCGUGCACUCCAUACACCAUGAGCGAUAGUGAUACUCAAUCCGAUUACGAUGGGGAAGAGGCACAACAUAUACAACGUGGAAGUCGCCCGAGUACAUCGAGGAGGGAAAAAUACCCGACGCCGAAUCCGCCUCCGAGGCAUGCUUGGUUACGUCCGUGCAUGCAAGGUUAUGCCGGACGAAUCAAUCACUAUGUAAAGGACACGACACUGAAGGAAGUGGAGACCUGUCUGACGCACUACCAGCGUUUAGAACAAUUUAAGAAAGGUCCGUUUGGGCAUUUACUUCAGUUGAAGAGGCAGGAUAGUGCGAAUGCCGCACUGCACCAUCUUCUUGCACGGGAGUUGUAUGACGAAGCAUUCGGUCCGUGGGAGAAGUGGUUCCACGUUGGUGGACACGACAUUCGAUUCAGCGCAGUGGAGUAUUGUCUGGUGACGGGGUUGUGUUUCGGGCCAUCCCCGCAGCGUUUUGAUCCUAAUAUGGAUCACCGUGUUGGGAAGCAGAGUCUAUGGCACGGAGUUUUGAAAGGCAAGAAGGUGGAAGUGAAGGAUCUGCGGAAGCGGUUCGUUAACCGCAGUCUGGGCAACAGUGCCCAGGAUUAUUUGAAGGCGGCCAAUAUUCUCGUGGCGUAUGAUCUCCUCUUCUGUCGGGAUUAUAAAUACGUGCACGAUUGGGUGUGGGCACUGGUAGAGGAAGAUCAGAAAUGGUCCGACUUCCCGUGGGGCUCUUACUCAUUCCAGAUUUUGUGUCAUGGGAUGAGUGUGUUGAAGAAGCAUCCCAACGAGAUUACCGGUAAUAGGAAGACGUACCACUUCUAUGGGCCCAUAUGGGCAUUACAGAUUUGGUCGUACGAGGCCAUUCCGAGGUUGGGCCGCGCGUGUGGGAUGCGUGACCCGAGGUUGCAGAUGCCACGAUUGGUGAACUGGACGACUUGGAAGUCGGCUUCUGACUUCACCCACUUUUUUGAUGCUCAUGAGGCCGAGUGUCACCGGACACUCGAACCGGUCGAGGAGGAGAAUGAUUCAUGGUAUUUGCAGACCCUGAGGCAUCCAGAGCCUUUUUCUGUACGAUACCAUCCUGGAGGGAAAUAUGCCGGCUUGACAGAGCCAGUUGUACCGGAGCCGCCUCCUCCUGUUAGGCCUCCCCCUGUGCAGAGGAGUAGCUCACGAGCAGAGAGGGCUCGUGAGAAGCAGCCUGUCCAUGUUGAGCGGCAUAGACAGACGUAUGUUGAUCCGACUGGUAGCCCAUCGAAGCGGCCCAGGCCGCAGGAGUUCGAUGAUUCAGUGCCUCGAGCAGAUCCAGAUGCUGAUUAUUGGAGGCGACGUGAUGAGGACUUGAUUGCCCGUGUCACUGAGAGCGUGACACGGGAGCAGAUCCGGACCGUGAUCCCUGAGGUGCGGCGGGCGAUUGUAGACGACGACUCCGAGCAUGGACUGGUUGCCAAAAUUACACGGAAGGUCGUGGCCGCUGUGAAGGAUAUAUUCGGUGGGCGAUCUUCUUCGAGGAAGCAUAGAUCAUCAUCCAGCCAUGCCAGUCGUCAUAGACACGGGAGUGAGGAGUUGGACCAGCCGAGACCCACUCACAGACGGUCUACAUCUCACAUUCCUAGUCCUGGGCAUCGGGGUCAUGAGGAUCCGCCUCAUGUGAGCCAUAGGCACUCAGUUGGAGACCUGGAUCGGCAGCAUCAGGGUCACAGUCGAUCACAGCAUGGAGAUGAUCCACCCCAUGCGAGUCAGCGGCGAUCUGCCUUACGUCACAGUGAGAGGGAGGCAUCUAUGAGGCGAUCAGCCUCACAUCGUGGUGAGAGGCAGACAUCUUUGAGGCGAUCUGCCUCACGUCACAGUGAGAGGUCAGCUCGUCAGCGGAGUCCAGUGACGCCUAUGCAUGGAGAGGGAGAUGACGAUGUCCAGUUCAGCUGGACUACUGACGAGGAAGAGGCCCAGGAUGUAGGGCGGCCACGACGCCCGAUUAAGCCGUCUGCUCUUCUACAGAGUCCGUAUGUGACCGAUGGCCCACUUGACACUCCUACGGCAAAGAAGGUUGCUUUCCGCAGAUUUAGAGAGAUGGGCGACGAUGCAUGUGUUGCUGUAGUGGAGACUGGAUAUAUAAUGACCCAGGGCUUUUUUGGGCGUAUUUUGGAUCGUCGGGCUGAGUUCGAUGCUGAGGUAUAAUAUAUUCGUAAUAUUGUAUUGUUUAAUAUGCGUUGUGUUACUAACGAAGUCAUAUUAUUUUGGAUGCAGAUUAUAGACCUCUGGAUUUUGAAGCAAAAUCGAAGGAUCAGAGUCAACCAGGAAUAUAUAGUGCAUCGGGCUCGGAC